GAUACUGUUUUCUUGUUUCCAGUGAUAUGCUAAAUAUGAAGCUAAAUGCAAGACAAGAAAAAAAGAAAACAAGCUUGAGUGAACCAGCAAGAAAAGCAUUAGAGAAAUAUUUGAGUUCAGAUUAUCUUGUGUAUAAUCAUUUUAAGAAGAUAUUUGAGAGAAAACUAGAACAGUUUGGAAAACAAAAGAUGGAAAAAGAACUAAAUAUGCUGGAGGAAGAAAAUGCAAAGAUAAGGGAGAUUUGUUCACUGCAAGAAACUGACAAUGAAAAUGUAGUUGGAGAAAACAAACUGUGGGGGCUAGGAGUUGUAGGAUAUAAGGUUGAUGCUAGUAAGAAUCCUGUGUGUCGCUUCAUUGCAAUGUCUGAACUUAAUUUCCUCAAUCUAAUGAGAGAACAGCUUAGAGAAAAAUCCAACAAAUCAAGCAGUAGUGUUUAAUUCAAUCCAAUUCCAGUGUAAUAAACUAUGUAAAUAAUCUUACAGUCCACUUUAUAACACAUGUAAAUCCAUAUAAAUCCAGCAAUUUGACUUGGUAGUAAAAAUCAACUUUUCUUUAGUUACCAGUGAAAUUGGUCCCCUAUAAUAAAUAAAUAAU